GAGAGGAGCAGGAGCGACUCCAAAACCAGCACCAUCAGUACCAUGCCCAUGACGCUGGGUUACUGGGACAUCCGCGGGCUGGCUCACGCCAUCCGCCUGCUCCUGGAAUAUACGGACACCAGUUAUGAGGAAAAGAUAUACACCAUGGGGGACGCUCCCGACUAUGACCGAAGCCAGUGGCUGAAUGAGAAAUUCAAGCUGGGCCUGGACUUCCCCAAUCUGCCCUACCUGAUUGACGGCACUCACAAGCUCACCCAGAGCAACGCCAUCCUGCGCUAUCUCGGCCGCAAGUACAACCUGUGUGGGGAGACGGAAGAGGAGAAGAUUCGCGUGGACAUUUUGGAGAACCAGGUUAUGGACACCCGCUUACAGCUUGCUGUGGUCUGCUACAGUCCUGACUUUGUGAGUGCUCCCACUGGAUCUGACCUGGUGGGGGGCAAGAAAACUCUCUCCCUCAACUUGGCGUCUAUGGCUGCUGACACCAAUUUGCUCCUUCAGGAGAAGCUGAAGCCUGACUAUCUGAAGGGCCUCCCAGACAAGCUGACACUGUACUCCCAGUUCCUGGGGAAGCGGCCCUGGUUUGCAGGGGACAAGAUUACCUUUGCCGAUUUCCUCGUCUAUGACAUCCUGGACCAAAACCGUAUAUUUGCUCCUGGUUGCCUGGAUGCAUUCCCAAACCUGAAGGAUUUUGUGGCUCGAUUUGAGGGCCUGCCGAAGAUCGCUGCCUACAUGAAGUCCAGUCACUUCAUCAGAGUGCCUAUAUAUUUGAAGCUGGCCACCUGGACAGGAAAAUAGGGCUCUGGAGUGAGGUGGGAGGGGCUUUGGGGAGCUCAGGCCCCCAGCCCUGCCUCAGCCUUCUCAGUUCUCUUCUUCCUCUUCUCUUCAACCUGCUGCCCCCUGUCCUCUACGCCAGCCCCUCCCAUAGAAGCCCUGGCCCAGCCUCAGUCUGCCCUCUUCUUCAGCCACGGCCCCUGUGCUGCUCCUCCUGCACUGAGGCCAACUCCACAGCCCUGUCUCUUCUGUGAGGGGCUGAGUGGCCCUAAGCUCUGCAAACAGCCAGAGCGGUUGUUGGGCCUGUGUUGACCAUGCUAACCAGUGAGGUCUCCCUGGCACUGCCUGCUCCCUAGAAAGCCUACACCUCAACCUGGGCCUGUCCUCUUCCCUGGGAACCCUGGCUUGGCACUGACUUUGCUGGAGUGUGGGGAUUGUCUUUGUUCUAUUGCCACAACAUGGCCUUGGGAGCAGGAUGCUAUAUGUGGAUGUGUCUGUUGAUGGGUUUCCAUGAUGUUUGAUCAUUUCUGCAUGCUCUAUGUUGCUCUGUUCCUCACCUUGGGUCCCAACUUCUCCCUGGCUCCUUGUUCUCACAGCAUGGUGCCAGGACUUGAAGCAUCCUACAGCUGGGCCCUGGUAGUGAGAGCUGCUGGACUAAUGGGAAGUGGUUGGUGGUCCACAGGAAUACCCCACUGGAACCCCUUUUCAGAUUCUUUGCCUGACAUAGAUAAUCCUUUUCUACAUUUUCAGGAUGCCUCUUAAUAAAAAAAAAAAAGU